AUGGAUCUGAAAUUCAAUGAAAUCUUCAAAGAGUCUGACCAUCCAGCUCUUAAGGAGAGACUCGACUCUGCUACCUCAAAACCAAACACUUUCUCGCAAAACCCUACCGAUAUGGCCUCUGAUCUCUGGAAAAUGAUGUCCAAGGCCAAAUCAGAUAUGCAAAAUGGACGUCGCGUCGAAAACUUAUCAUGGCGUCUUAUGUCUAUUAAUCUUCAAAAGAGCUCUAAUUUUUCCAGUAGUACUUUAUCCCCCAACGUUCCUACAUACAAUAAGCUUUCCUCUAGUCCCCUGACUCCUCACUCCAACCCUCAUAGUUCCGAUAAUGUAUCCUUAACCUCUGGUACCCCUGACCAGAAAUCCGAAACCAAUUGCUUUAUGAAUACCCUUCCUUCCUACAGUGUUCCAACUGAUACCACGGGCAGCUCCAUGAUGGAACUUAAUUAUCUUCAAAGACGUGAGCGGAAAACUAGUUUCAAUGAAGCCUCUGCAAAAAGCAAGAAGCGUCCCAUUACUAGCACUCAUUUUCCCGCUAACGAUGUAGAUUUCUCUAUGGAUCUUGACUCCCAUCCUUUCAGCUCCCCUAAAAUUCAUGCUUUUGAUUCUUUUAAUGCCGCUAAAAAGACUGUUGGUAGUGCUAAUGCUUCUUCUUUUCCGGCUUCAGUGCAAUCCGAUUAUUUUGACAAUCAGACUCCAUCCUUUGCUUCGGGCCUUCAAUCUGUGCCCAUCCCUUCGGCCUCUGGUAUGGUAAAUCCGGCAAACCGACAUAUGGAUUCUACCUCUGCUGCCGUUUCUAGGAAGUCUGAUUUGGAUGUUUUAGGUUUGGAAUUCGACAUGACUCCUUCAGAGCCAUCCUCAUCUUUUCAAGAUAACAGUGGAUUCCCAUCUUUUGUUGAUGCUGGAACGAACAACGACGACACGUUAUUUUCUUCCUCUGCGGCUACUUCUUUUAGUUUUGAACAUGGACCGUCCAGUUUCCCAGUUCCUGGCAGCAUAUCAACAAGCUCCUUGCGUGGUCAUGCACCUUCUGAAGAGGGUUAUGGCAAUUCUUAUAACAGCCAAAGUGCUUUUGGUAUUUCUUCCCCUUUAAGCGGCGGCGUGACUCCGACUCAAUCUUUCUUCCCUGAACCUGCUAAUAAUAAUAAUGUUUUUGAGAUACCCAAACAAGCUUCUGAUAUGUCUUCCCCUUUGACCCCCUCUUCAGGAUCUUUUCCUACUAUGUCCUCUUUGCAUAUGACGAGUUCAUUGCCUAAUUCUGCUUCUCAUGCUGGUAUUCGCCGCCCUCAAAUGUUCCGUAAUGCAUCCACUAGGUCGAUUGGAAAUAUCGCUCACCCAGUUGACUUAAACCAAGAUCAAAAUGAAUCUCAUGGCGGAUCUUUCCAACGUAGUAAUGAGUGGACCGGUAAUGAGUCAAAUGGUAUAGGCUCGAAUAGUUCCUUGCCAGGUUCCGAUAUGUUUUCUCCACCAUUUAUGCGCGUUGGUACUGCCAUGGGUGCUGCUCCUGUUCGUAACAAUUCGGUUUCUUCUUUCCCCCAUAAUUAUUUACAUCAGUCAAGUCCGCAAUUUGCUGCCGUACCCCAUCGGAAAGUUAAUUCUCAAGAGCCUAGUCUAAUGGGAUCAAGUCCUGGUAUAUACAAUCACAUGCCUUAUCUCAACCGCUCUACGUCUUCGACGUCUGUCGCCGGAGCGUCAGUGGAGGGCAUGCCAACUGGUAUGAAAAAGCGUGCUACUGCUAAUGCUUCUGUUCCCACUCUUCCUCUGCUAAAUCAAAAUGGCGAUCAAAUUUCCAGUCCAAGCAUAAAGGAAAAGUCAGUAGAAGAUAAAAAGGAAAAUAAUCAAAAAGGAGUAACUGGUACACCUACAUGUACGAAUUGUCAAACUCAUACUACUCCUUUAUGGCGUCGCAGUCCUGAUGGUCAGCCAUUAUGUAAUGCAUGUGGCCUGUUUAUGAAAAUUAAUGGUGUAGUUCGUCCUUUGAGCUUGAAGACUGAUGUUAUAAAGAAGAGGAAUCGUGGAGCUGGAAGCAAUGCUAGUGCUCCUGCUUCGCGAUCUGCGAGUACCCGAAAAUCGGCACCCCGAAAAGGCAGUUUUAAAUCAUCAACCUCUAACAAAGUUAACCCGAAAGAAGAAUCAAAGACUAGAGCAACUAGUAUUCAAAACUUUUCGCCCAGUUUUACGCAACAACCUGAAAAUCAUGACGAUGGUUUGAUGGUGGACACAAAGUCGUCAGUAGAGAACCCAGCUGUGAAAGAUCCAGCUUUGGGACCACCUUCAAGUAUGUUAUCUCCUGAGUUUGUGCAAAAUUCUAGUGAUUUCGGACUCUCGUUUAACGAGGAUAUUUCUUCUACAGGUCAUAUGCGUGAAUCCUCGGUGGGAAAUAUCAAGUCGGAAUCUUCCAAGGCUGGUUUCCAAGUCAUCAUGGGAUUGGUAUAG